AUAAAAUUGAGUUUGUAGUUCUCAUUAAAUAAAAAAAAAAAAAAGUCAAAAUUAUUAAAGAGAUCUAAAAGGACAAUUAGAUACAUUAUUCUAACAAAAAGUCCACUCAUAUAGUAUUGUGAUUAAAAUAAUUCUUGUUACAACUACUCAACUUGGAACUUGAGCCAAUUAGAUGCUAAUCGGAUGUCAUUUCAAAUCCAGCACAUAUAACUCAUAUAGACGAUAUAGUCAUGCAGAGCAUUGUAAAACUUUGCAUUCACUCAUAAGUCAUUAUCCUUCAAACACAAAAUUUUCAAAACCGUCUAAACCUAAAGUAUUAAAAUUUGUCCGUUCCGAAUAAUCCGUAAUUCACACUCCCCCCACCUACACUCAUUCCUUACUUCCACUCCUUCCCUAUCCCCCGUAAUCACCUAAUGCCCACAACGGUAAAAUAAUAAUACUCCUAAUUCCUUUCUUCUCUCUGUUCAUCUCCUUCCCCCAAAAUAAUUCUUGAUGUCGAACAACUUUCUGGAAAUUCCUUGAUUCAUCAUCAUUUCAACACUUGCUUUUUUAAUCAAAUACCUCUAUUAAUUAUGCCGGAAAUGGAUGGAUCAAUCAAACCCCCUCAAAUUUCUGAGAUGUUCCAGAAAUUCGCCUUCUCUUUCAAAUCCAAAGCUCUUGAAUUUUUUGCUGAUGAUUCCGAAAAAUUCUCUCUCCUUGAUGCUGGUGAUGAUGAUAUUCCCGAUGAAUUCAUCUCCAAUCAGAAAGUCGUUGUAAAUAAGCCUGACCCACCUCAACAAGUUGGUCCAAUUAUUCAGAAAGGUAAAGUUCCCCCAAAUCCCCAAUUUAAUCAAACCCUAAUUACUUCAUUGUUUGCUUCAAUUUCAUCGUUUGAGGCUUCUUAUCUUCAAUUGCAAACUGCCCAUGUUCCUGUUUUUGAUGCGGAAGUAUUAAGGAAUGCUGAUGAGUCCUUAGUUUCUCAUCUUCAGACCCUUUCUGAAUUUAAGCAGUUGUAUAAAAAUUACUACCAGAAUCCUAAUUUUAGUGUUGAAUUUUCAACUGGGUCUUGUUUAGAAUUUCAAGUUAAUGAGAAUCAGCAUAAGCUUAGGGCUCUUAAGUCUGUGUUUAAUCGUUUACAGUCUGAAAUUGAUGUUAAGGAUGAGGAGGUUUCGAGUUUGAGGCAGAAAUUGGAGGGAUUGAAUCGGGUGAAUUCGAGGUUGUCGAAAAGGUUGUCCCUUGGUUCUUCAAGGGAGGAGGAGGAGGAGGGUUCUGAGGUUUUGCUAACAGUUAGAGUGUUUGAUAGGAUGUUGUGUGAGGCAUUUAGUUAUUCUCAUAGGUUUACGAAAGUUUUGAUUGGAUUGAUGAAGAAGGCACAUUGGGAUUUGGAUUUGGUGGCAAGUUCGGUGUAUUCGGGUGUUGAUUAUGUUAAGAAGGCGCACAAUCGGUAUGCUUUGUUGUCAUAUGUUUGUUUGAGGAUGUUUCAAGGGUUUGAUUUGGAGGAUUUCGGGUUAGGUAAGGAAGGCGGUGUUUGCAAUGGUCAUGUUACAUCCUCUAAGGGUGAGGAGAAUGUUUCUUUACAGCAGUUAAAGGAGCAUGUAUCAGUCAAUUCAAUGGAGAUCUUGAGAAAGAAUCCAAAUUGUGAGUUUUCGAAGUUUUGUGAGAGGAAGUAUCAAGAACUCAUCCACCCGACUAUGGAAUCUUCCAUUUUCAACAACUUGGAUCAGGAUGAGGUUAUAAUAAAUUCAUGGAAAUCACUGGGUGAAUUUUAUGAGUCGUUCGUCAAGAUGGCAAGCUCAGUUUGGGCAUUGCAUAAGCUUGCCUUUGCAUUUGAUCCUGUUGUGGAUAUAUUCCAAGUGGAGAGGGAUGUCGAGUUUUCAAUGGUAUACAUGGAGGAUGUCACUAGGAGAUGUAAAUAUCCUUGCAAAACAAGGCCAAAGGUCGGAUUCACAGUAGUUCCAGGCUUUAAGAUUGGUCAGACAAUUAUACAGUCACAGGUUUAUUUGAUAGGCAUGUAAUCCGUAGAUUAAGUGAGACUAAUGAUCUGUAAUUUCAUUGUGAAAGUGUGACUAGGAUCAAAGUUACUGCAUAUUGAGACCAACUUAGUGUUCCAAAAUUUUUGGCUUCAAGAGAAUCUGGGUGAUGUUAUGUGUUUCUGGAAAGCAUCAGCUAUGAUGACAUAUCCUAAUUGUCUUUGCAAAUGAGAGUUUGCACAAAUGCCGGUUCAGUAUCCCUGAGAGGCAGAUGUGAGUCAAUUUGUGAAGCUGGAGAGCUUGUCUUUCAAUACCACUGAAGGUUGUUGUUCCCUCUCCAUGGUACAGUUGUUAAAGAGGAUCCCAGUUUUUGCUCAUAUUACAUAUACUCCGUAUUAUUUUUGUUCUUAGUUUUGUUUUGUAUGUUGAGUCCAUAGGAUUAAAUGUAAAGAAUGCUUGUAAACUAGUUUCAUGAAAAUGUACUACGUACAGUAUGUUGGAAGGUUCUUGUUGAGAGUGAAUACAUAAUUAAUUUGUGUAGCUAAAUCUUGUAUUGAGAAAGAGAGAAAACGGCAAUACGUGUAUAUUGUUGUUACCUUUAAUUGUAUAUAUACCAGUCUUUCAUAUGACAGCUUUGUUAUUGAA